AUGCUGAUCAGACUCGACCUGACCCGCCUUGCUCCUCCAUUUAAGCAGUUCCUUUGCCGCGUCGCUGCUCAGUCCGUACCUCACGUGUGGAGCCUGCUCCACCUGCGCGCCAUUGCGCCGGCGGCGCCGGCGCUGUCGGCCGUGCCGGGCUGCUGGGGCCAGCCCGGGCGCCACGCUGGCCCCAGCCCGCCUGCAGCAACGCGAGUACACAAUGGUGCCAGCAAGGAUGGCCGCAAUCGGGACGACGAGGCCGAUGACGCGCACGUACCGGCCUAUGACAAAACAAACGUGGGCUCGCAAGAUUUCUGUUUCGAGGGCGUGUCGCUUCUCGACCAGAGCUCCAACGCGAGGCUGGAGCAGAACGGGGGCCAGCCUACGUGA